AUGUUUCAUUUUCCAUUUCAUAUUGCCCUUAUUCUUCUGCUGGAAGGGUCUCAAAUCCUAGCCUUGACUCUGGAUGUCACGUUGAAAUUAAAGUACUUGGCUCAGACAUUCUCCUUCGUGUGCGAAGAAAAUCGACCCAGUCAGGAGAGAGCGAUUGCACUCAUCAGAAGCACAAUAGCAGACAUGGAGAUCCCGUUCAGUCGAGGUGCAACACAGGAAUGGAACGCUAUAUCAAAGCUAUUGGAAGACCUUGCCAAACAACCACUCUGUCCAGACAGUGUAGGUCGGGUGCAAAAACAGCCCCUGAUGCCGCCUCGUCUUCUCUACACCGAAGAUAUUUUCAGUGAUCUUAUGGGUAAUGUCACAGCGGCACUUUUUUCAAGCAUGGACAUUACCCCACCAGUUAAAGUGGACAUCAGCCUACUCGACAGUCAACAAUUGCUACAUAUGUACAUGAAAGUCUUGGCUUUUGUUUAUAUAUACUUUUUCACCGUUGCAAGUUUGUCGAUGGGUCUUUUCGGUCUCUUCUCAAGUCUAUCUCGUCGACAUGAGCGGAGCCUAUACUCAGGGAUUUCAACCGCCGUGCGCGUUUUGCUUGCAAUUUCCUUGGCUAGCCUUGUGUCGUUUGCUGGCAACUUCGCGCUAGCAUAUUCAUUUAUGACCUCACCUAUCAUCCUGUAUGCCUUCACUUUGACUCUUCUGACUGGUCAGUAUAUUCUAUUUUCCCGUGCGGAGCUACUGAUUCUAAUUGGCUAUAGUCCUUUUGGUUGA